GAUAAUAUAUUAGAAGAGCAAGCAAAACUCUUAGUUUCAGAAACGUUAGCUGAAAACAAUUUUGAUAAAAUAUUUAUAGAAGUUUUUGAGAAAGAAGAGGUAAUACCAGCUAAAGCAGAUAACUAUAAUUAUAUGUAUUUUAAUAAAGAG